GUGGAAGCCAAAGAGUCGGAGAAGGGUGGGGACUGUGUAGGUAAAUGGGCCGGCGUGGAAGGGCUUCACUAAAAGCCUUACUCUGAGCCAAGGAGACUCACUGGACAGCAGUGGGCAGGGCUCUGAGCAACUUUCCCGUUACUCUUCUCUCGACAGCCAGAGUCUCCAGACAAAAUGGGUCGCUACCGGGUACGCGUGGCCACCGGCAGCUUUGCCUUUUCGGGGUCCAACAACCAAGUGCAGCUGUGGCUGGUUGGGCUGCGGGCUGAGGCGGAACUGGGGCUGCGGCUGCGGCUAUCUCGGGGACAGAUGGAGGAUUUUGAAGUUGAUGUCUCAGAAGACCUGGGUCCCCUCCUGUUUGUGAAGCUUCGUAAAACCCACCUUCUGCUGAAGGAUGCCUGGUUCUGCAACCACAUAACCGUCUGGGUAUUUCAGCAGAGCAUGGAGGAGAAGGAGGUAGUGUUCCCUUGCUACCGCUGGGUGCAAGGGGAUGGCAUCAUCUGCCUGCCUGAGGCCACUGCUUGGAUGAUGAGAAAUGAAGUCCAGGGCCUGUUUCAGAAACAUGGAGAAGAAGAGCUGGAGGAGAGAAGGACACUCUAUCGCUGGGCCACCUGGAAGGAAGGGCUACCCUUGUCAGUGGCUGCAGCAUCAGAGAAAGACCUGCCUCUGGAUGUGAGAUUCCAUGAGGGGAAGAAGAUUGACUUUGAAGGGACACUGGCUGCAGGAAUGAUGGAUAUUGCCCUUAAACGUCUGUACACCCUCCUGAGCUCCUGGAAUAGCUUGGAAGAUUUUGACCAAAUCUUCUGGGGCAGCAAGAGUGCCCUGGCCAAGAGGGUACGCCAGUCCUGGAAGGAGGAUGAUUUUUUUGGCUACCAGUUCCUCAAUGGUGUCAACCCUACACUGCUGAGAAGGUCCACCUCACUCCCUACUCGACUGGUGAUCCCCCCAGAACUAGAGGGUCUUCAGGCCCAGCUGGAAAGAAAGCUCCAGGAAGGUUGCCUGUUUGAAGCUGACUUUUCCCUGCUGGAUGGAAUCCAGGCCAAUGUGAUCCAGGGAGAGAGGCAACAUCUGGCUGCUCCCCUGGUCAUGUUAAAGAUGGAGCCUGAUGGGAAGCUGCUACCGAUGGCCAUCCAGCUCCAGCCUCCCUGCUCUGGCUCUCCAGACCCACCACUCUUCCUGCCCUCAGAUCCCUCCCUCACUUGGCUCCUGGCCAAGGCCUGGGUCAGAAAUUCUGACUUCCAGCUUCAUGAGCUGCAAGCACAUCUGCUGAAGACCCAUUUGGUGGCUGAGGUGUUUGCUGUAGCCACCAUGAGAUGCCUCCCAGGGAUGCACCCCAUCUUCAAGCUCCUGAUACCUCACCUCCGCUACACACUGGAGAUUAACACUCGUGCCCGAACCAAGCUCAUCUCUGAUGGGGGAAUUUUUGAUCAGGUGGUGAACACUGGUGGGGGAGGUCACCUGGAUGUCCUCCGAAAGGCAACAGCUUGUCUGACCUAUAGAUCCCUCUGCCCUCCUGAUGACCUGGCUGACCGAGGGCUUCUGGGGAUUCCAUCAGCUCUCUAUGCUCAUGAUGCCCUUCGGCUCUGGGACAUUAUCUCCCGAUAUGUGCAAGGAACAGUCCAUCUCUAUUAUUCAGAAGAUGAGGUUGUUCAGAGUGACCCUGAGGUACAGGCUUGGUGCCAGGAGAUCACUGAGAUUGGGCUGUGUGGGGCCCAGGAACGAGGGUUUCCUGUCUCUUUCCAGUCCCGUGCUGAGCUCUGCCACUUUGUUACUAUGUGCAUCUUUACAUGCACAGCCCAACACUCAGGCAUUAAUCAAGGACAGCUAGAUUGGUAUGCCUGGGUCCCUAAUGCUCCAUGCACUAUGAGGAAGCCACCACCAACCACAAAGGAUGUAACAUUAGAGAUGGUGAUGGCCACACUACCCAAUGUCCAUCAGGCCUGUCUCCAGAUGACUAUUGCAUGGCACCUGGGUCGGUUCCAGCCAGACAUGGUACCCCUGGGUCAUCACAAGGAGGAAUACUUCUCAGGACCUGGGUAUAAGGCUGUGUUGAAGCGUUUCCAGGAAGACUUAAAUACUCUAGAAAGGGAGAUUGUGGCUCGUAAUGAAGGCCUGGACCUGCCCUAUUAUUACCUUCAGCCAAGCAGGAUAGAGAACAGUAUUACUAUCUAAGCCCAACAUCUGGCUGACCACCACUCUGAUAGGGUUGGAAAAGCCCCAUUUCCUUUUCUAACCCAAGUCCUUUUACAAAAAUCAGGUACAAAAGUCACAAACUUGAGGCUCUAUCCCCACGUCUGACCUACCUCACUUUCUCACCCCCCUACUGAGCAGGGAUCUUUCUUCUUCUGGUAUAAAGCAUGCUUAAUAUCAUACUCCAAGGGUCAUGGGUCAUGGGUCAUUAGUUUACAUUCAGCUCCUUGGCAACACUCCUCUCCCACUUCCCAUAUAUGUUUCUCAUUCUCUGUUAUGGGUGUUCCUGGAAAGAAAUGAUCUUCCUGGGGCAGGUAGGUGGUGCAGUGAUUAGAGCACCAGCCCUGGAGUCAAGAGGACCUAAGUUCAAAUCCAGCCUCAGAUACAUGAUCCUCACUAGCUGUGGAAGAAAUGAUCUUCCCUUUGAGUCUCCUCCUGGGGCAGGCAGCCCUGCCACAUCAUUCUGCCCAAGAGAUUUUCCCAAGAAUGGGAAAGCUCCCAGUGUAACCACAUACGAAGUUUCCAGUCCCCUAUUCCCAGCACUGAUAAUCCCCUAGUUAUACCACCUCACUGCUUCUGUGUCCUUACAUAUCUCUCACUCUUUGCCACAAUCUGCAAUGAAUAAAGAGACACAUAUAUACUGUAAGUCUUCUCAACCUAUGUUGCUUAGAGAACAAAAUAACUGCAAUGCUGGCAUAAGGCUACAAACUAGUACUAACUUUUACUGUAUCAUCCAGGUGAUAUUCAAGGACACAGUCAUCUUCCCUGGUUCAGAAUAUUAGAGUAGUUCUCCAAACAGCCUUUAAAGUCUGCCAUCCAUGAAUAUAACUUAACCUCUUUUGAAGCUGUUUCUAUCAUCCUUCUGUACCACCACUAAGGAUAAUUGAUUUCAUGCCCUUCUUUUUGUUAAUAAAUUUGUCUCUUUCAA